GGAGGCACACAUUCUGCCUGUGCCCAGCCCCCAUGCCCACCCCGGGGGAGCUCUCCAUCCUGGAUGCCCCCUCCAAGGCCAGGAACUACCCCAUCUCCAAGGCUCCAGAGAGAGUACCUGAGGAACUGGGCACCAUGGCCAAUGAGAGCACAGUGGCACUCAGCAGCCUGGGCACUGAUGCCUCAGACAUCAGCAGCCUGGGCACCAGCUCUCCACUGUGCCCAGGAGAUGAAGAGCCAGCCGAGACAUGUGGGGUACCCACAGGGGAGCAGCGGGCAGCCAUGGCUGAAGCACUGGGCACCUUUGCCCUCCACUUCUACCAGCACAUAGCAGAGGCUGCCCAGCCCGAUGCCAACUUGGUCUUCUCUCCCAUCACGGUUGCCAUGGGGCUCUCACACCUGCUGCUGGGUGCACGUGGUGAGACCCGUGAGUGCCUGGGUGCCAUCUUGGCAUACCCACCAGAGCUGGGCUGUGUGCACAGUACUCUGUGGCAGCUUGCCAAUGUGUCUGGCCCCUUCUCUGCUGCUCAGAUCUUCCACCACCCAGAGGUGCACCUCCAGCCGCGCUUCCUCAGUGAGUCCUGGCACUUCUAUGGAGCCCGCCCACGUGCCCUGAGUGGCAAUGAGAGCUUGGACCUGCUGCAGGUCAAUGAAUGGGUGCGUGAGGCCAGCCACGGGCUGCUGCCAGGACUGCUGCCCAGCAUGCCCACCCAGCCCCAGCUGCUGCUGCUCAGCACUGUCCACCUCCACGGUACGGACUGGUGCAUGCCAUUGAAUGCAAAACAGAUAGUUCCAAUGCCCUUCCUGCAGCCUGGACACCUACUGCGCCUGGUGCCCACCAUGACCAGCCUCAAGUACCCAGUGGGCUCUUUCACCAACCCCCACCUGCAGGUCCAGGUGGGGCGCCUAGAGCUGAGCCUGGUGAUGCUGGUGCCGCGGGGGCCCCUGGCAGCUCUGAGCACCCUGGAACGGGCACUGGACCCCCCCACCUUCCUGGAGCUGCUGCGGCAGGCAGUCCGCACCCCCUCCCGGGCCACUGCCCUGGCACUGCCCUGCCUGCGCCUUGGCCACGCCGUCGAUGUGGUGGCAUUGGUCCAUGACAUGGGCUUCGGGCUGUUGCUGGCCGCGGAGCUGCGCGGGCUGGCAUGGGGCCAGGCGCUGACAGCGGGCGCGGCACGGCACCGGGCGCUACUGGAGCUGGACGAGGCCGGCCUGGAGGCAGCGGGUGCCAUGGCCACCUCGGUGGCACGCACAACCCUGGUGCUCGAGGCCCUGAGACCCUUCCUCUUCGUUCCCUGGCAUGAUGACGGCAACAUCCCCCUCUUCAUGGGCCGCCUCAGUGACCCCCGGCCCUGACCCCUGCCCUUGUCCUCCCUCCCUGCCUCCUCUCCUCCCUCCAUCCCGCUCCCUCCUUCCCUACAGCCUUUCCUUCCUCUUUUUCUUGUUGUCUCUUUCCUUCCUCUCUCCCUAACCCAUCCCUCCUUUCCAUGUCCCUUCUUCUCUCCAUUCCUCCAGUCCUUCUUCCCCAAUUCUUACUCCAUUUCCUUCCAACCACUUUCCAGCUCUCAUCCUCCCAUCCAUUCUUUCUUGUCUCUCCCUUCUUUCCUUCCUUCUUUCACCCCUCUCUCCAGCCCUUUCUCCCUGUCCCUGGUCUUGCUUUCUUUCCCUACAUCCUGCUAUGUCUCCAUCCGUUGUCCCUCCCUCCUCCAUUUUCCCCUCCCUCUUCUCUUCCAACCACCCUCCAGCUCUCAUCCGUCUCCUCUCUCUCUCUCCAUCCUCCCCCCACCCCUCUCCCCACUUCCCAUCUCCCUCCUUCCCAUAUCCCUCCCUAGGCCCCUUCCUCUCUCCUGUUCUCCCUCCUUCCCCACCUUCCCUGUCCCUCUCCUGCCCCAGUUUCCCACCAGCUCACCCCCAGUAAAGGCACGGGACCACUCUGCUCCUGCUGUGGCAACGAUGGAGGGCAACCCAGAUUUCGGAGGGCACUAUCAGUGCCAUCCUGCCCAUGCCAGGGUGCUCACAGGAGCUUCACCUGUGUGCCAGGUGUCACCCCAGGCUGAGCCAGAGGGGUGGCAGCAUCAGGGGCA